CAGUUGUACCCAUAGAACAAUGUGACAGUAACGUGUUCUAUGGCUCACAAUAAUAUUAUGAUUUAAUUUAAAUACUAAAUAGAUAGUAUUAUCUUAAAUCGUGAUUAUAGAUUUAUACUUUAUAGCAUAUUGCAAUUUGCAAUUAAAUUGAAAACAAACUUAGUAAAGUCAACAAUUCGAAUUUUGAAGUUACGAAAUGAAAACGUUACAUUUUUCCGAACAAAAAUUGUAGUUAUCUCAUCCUCACGUUUUUCAUUUCAAUUUGUUUAGUUGGCAAUGGCAGUUUUUAAAACAUCAUCAAGUAUAUUGACAAAAGAAUGUUUAAGAACACAAAUUUGUGGUGAAGGUGAGUGGCCAAAAAACACAGUAAUAUAUCAGCCUUAUGAAACAGAACAAAUCUUAUUACCUGAUAACUCUAAAUGUUUAUCGGUUAAGACAUUUUUAAAAAUGGCUGGAUUAGAAUUCAUUGUAGAAGCAAGAGAAAAUGCUGAAUAUAUGUCACCACAUCGAGGCAAAGUGCCUUUCAUUAAAGCAGGCCAGUUUUUAGUUGCUGACUUUGAACCAAUCGUCAGUUUUGCUCAAUCUAAAGGUUAUUCGCUAUCAACAAGUUUAGAUGAAGCUCAAAAGUGGGAUCUUAGAGUAUACAUGGCACUAGUGAAUAAUGUUCUUUUAAAUGCUGAGAUUUAUGUUACAUGGAACCACGAGCUUACUUAUAAAGAACUUACCAAGCCAAGAUACAGUUCCGUUUAUCCUUUCCCAUUGAACCACUGGGCUACAUAUAAUAAGCGCCGUGAAAUGUUAUCACAUUUAGAUGUGUUAGGUUGGAAAAAAAAGUCUUUAGACGAAGUAUUUAAGGAGGUGGAAAGAAUCUGUGAAUCAUUGUCAAACUUUUUGGGGGACAAGAAAUAUUUUUUUCAUGAAAAGCCGACUGAGUUGGACGCUUUAGUAUUUGGUCAUUUGUUUUCCAUCAUAACAACACCACUACUAAACAAUCGAUUUGCUGCUACUGUCAGAGCUUAUGACAAUCUAGUUCAAUUAUGUGUACGCAUUGAAACAGAAUUUUAUCAGUCUAGAAUUUUAUGAUUUAAAUUAUUGUUUAUUUGAA